UCGUCUUGCCGGAAAAAGAAAGAGAAAAAAAAGGAAAGAGAAAGGGGGAAAAAACAGAAGUGCUAACGAAGGAGAUCAGUCAAAACAUAAACAUUGCGGGCACGACCAAAAACGUGACCUUAAACUGCGGUGGUUUUUGGAUCACCUAUGCAUGAAUGUGUUCAGGGCACAUCUCUCAAUGUGUCGAGCUUUUGUUUGCGCGUGACUCGAAGGUGAAGGAAGGAAAUCUGCGCAGAGGAUUAACAAGUGCGGAGACUUUGGGCCUACAGCAGCAGAGGGUCUCUUCUGUUAGAAGAGAUAGUCAGAUAGAAUGAGCGAUACAGACGGCAAAUCCAGUGUUCCAAAUGGUGGUUCUGAUGAUCCAGAUCCUGGAGAAGGAAGAGGGGAGGCAGAAACUGCAGUGCCAGAGACCCAAAGCAGCCCUGAGUCAGCAAAUUUGAGUUCAGCUCCAGAGGGAAGUGAGGGUGGUCAGGACAGGCCCAUGGCAGACUCUGAGCAGAAGCAGGAACUGGGAGAAGAGGAGGACACUGACAGCAUGGAUGGCAGUGGGUUGUACUCUCUCACUGAAGAAGGAGAGAGAGAGAGUGAGGGAGGAGGGAGGGGAAAAGAUGAAAGUAAGAGAUCCGCCAGGAAGAGGAAUCGACCCAGCGGCGGUGCCACACAUCACUCUUCCAGUUCAGACGACGAUGAUGAUGAUGAUGAUGAAGAUGAAGAGGAUGACGUGGAGGAAGAAGACGAGCAAGCCAUGGAAGCGUGGCUGGGAGCAGAUCUGUGCGACCUGAGUCGUCCUUCAUGGUGCGCGGUCCCCUCUCUGCGUUCCCGAGAGAUCGGCCGUGAUUCGUACCAGUUUGCGAGGAGGGUGUGUGGGGCGCGGGGUCUGGUGCAGAGGCUGGAACUGCAGGGCCGUCUGGAGAGACACACAGGCUGCGUGAACACCCUCCAUUUUAACCCCUCCGGCACCCGUUUGGCAUCCGGCAGCGAUGACCUCCGUGUGGUGAUCUGGGACUGGGCUCGCAGGAAGGCGGAGCUGGAGUUUGACAGCGGACAUAAGAGCAAUGUCUUUCAGGCAAAGUUCCUCCCACACAGCGGUGACUCCACAUUGGCCAUGUGUGCCAGAGAUGGACAGAUCAGAGUGGCUGAGCUUUCUGCUACACAGCGUUGCAAGAACACCAAAAGAGUAGCCCAGCACAAAGGUGCAGCUCAUAAGCUUGCACUGGAGCCAGACUCUCCCUGCUCUUUCCUCUCCGCUGGUGAAGACGCAGUCGUGUUCGGCAUUGACCUGCGUUUAGACAGACCUGCCAACAAACUGGUGGUGGUGAAGGAGGGUGAAAAGAAGGUUGGGCUGUAUACCAUUUUCGUGAACCCAGCCAACACGCACCAAUUUGCUGUGGGUGGUAGAGACCAGUAUGUCAGGAUCUAUGACCAGAGAAAGAUAAAUGAACACGAUAAUAAUGGUGUGCUAAAGAAGUUUUGUCCCUCUCACUUGGUGUCCAGCGAGUCCAAAACAAAUAUCACCUGUUUAGUGUACAGCCAUGACGGCACAGAACUGCUGGCAAGUUACAAUGACGAGGACAUUUACCUUUUCGACUCCAGCCACAGUGAUGGGGCUGAUUACCGUAGAAGAUACAAGGGUCACCGCAACAAUGCUACAGUGAAGGGGGUUAACUUUUAUGGUCCCUGUAGUGAGUUUGUUGUCAGUGGCAGUGACUGUGGACACAUCUACUUGUGGGAUAAGAACUCUGCUCGUGUGGUUCAGUUUAUGGAGGGAGACCGGGGAGGAGUGGUGAACUGUCUGGAGCCACAUCCUCAUCUUCCAGGUUUAGCCACCAGUGGUUUGGACCAUGAUGUGAAGCUGUGGGCACCCACUGCUGAGAAUCCCACAACACUAAAGGGACUUAAAGAGGUAAUGAAGAAGAACAAGCGAGAGCGUGAUGAAGACAGCGUUCGUCAUGGUGACCAGUAUGACACACAGCUCCUCUGGUUCCUGAUGAGACACAUGAGAAACCGAAGACCUCAGCGAGCCCGGCGAGGGGAGGGAGGAGAGGGGGACACAGACGAAUCCUGGAGCUCGCCAGAUUCCUCUGAUGAAGAAGACGGAGGGCCAGACCACGUGCAGUGCAUGUCCUCCUGAGCCACACACCUACACACACACACACUCUUUGCCAUAUAUUUAAGCACAUACAUACUAGUAACACACUGAUACACAAAUAGACACUGAAAGGCCAGCAACAAACCCACACACAGCUUUAUAUACACAUACGCAGUGUGAGGGAGAGGGAAACGAUUGUCAAAAUCUGGCUUAAUGCUCCACACACGCAUACACAGAGACAUUACUAGGGGAAGAACUGAUACUGAAAUGCAUAUUUUUUUAUACAUUUGCAAUCACAUGCAAUUAACCACUCUGAUUUUAUGCAAACAUGGACACAGACACAUUUCAUUCCCAGUUUUACAGCGUAUAACAUGGAAGACCACAGCCGAUGAUCGAGAAAUAUCGCCUCUACUGUUUUGCUGCCUUAGUUUAUCAACAACCAAGAAGCAGCGUUUUGCUGCAGCGGUCGUGAAGCGUAAAAGAGAACAUUUCUCAUCUGUGCUGUAGAAAACAUGUCCACUUUAAGCUUUUCUUUCACAGCGACGUGUUCUGUGCAUGACGGGACAGUGCGGACACUCAAAGCCAGUCCUUUUGCAGAUUACUGAUAUGAUGAGUGUUACUUAUUCAAAAACAGCACCAUCCUUCACUCGCCUCAUCAAUGUCCUCCAGUGUUCUGAACUGCCUCUGUUUCCAAGACUGAGCUGACGUUUGUUAUUUUUGGACUGCAAUCUUUGUCUUUUUCAUUGCAUCGAUAGACUGUCAUCGGCGUCUGGCCGUCCAAACCGGUCUUGUCUUUUUUUCUCUUCUCCUGUGUGUGUGUGUGUUUUCUGAAGCCAGGCGUGGCAAAUUUUCUUGAGGUCAAUCAUGCUACUCUUAGAUCUGAUUGAAGACAGAAGAUGAGCCAGAGCUACUUAAUCUGGUUUUAGAGCUGGCUGUUUUUCUCCGUUCCUCUCUCCCAUGCUACUGAGUGCACUUUAAUCAGGGAUCUGCUUUGAGUUUUGAAUCUCUAAGAUGAGUGUGAGCUUAGGGGGCAUGCAAUACUUUGAUUAAAUGUUUAUUUAGCUAAUUCAGUUGUUUUUGCCCUGAAAUUCCCCAAACUUAUUGUGGACUUGUAAAUUGAAUACAGAGAUUUGACACCAGCUCUUUGGUUUUUGGUUUUGCACUUGGGUGGAGAUGACUUGGAGUUCUUGAAGAAAUUUCAAAAGGCUACAGAUGUAACACUCCAGGGACUGCUUUCGUCUUCUCAGCCCUGUCCCGUAGAAAUUGAGAGCAAAGAUGAUGACGUGCUCAGAUCCAGUGAUUUUUUGAAUCCUUGUUUCUUCCUCUGUCUUUUGUUUGAAUACACAUCCUCAAGAUCUUUGCCUAACUAGGUGGAAAGGAUCUAAUGUAGCAGGAUGUUCCAUGUUUGCCUGAAGAACCCACUAAGCCCUCACAAGCCAUUUUUCAUAAAAAUGGUGGCUAUUCUUUUUCAGUAUUUGGAUUCAGCUGGUUAUGAGCAAACAUGGAUGGACUGUGACCUAUUCCAACUUGCAUGUUGAAAAGAAUUAUGGGUCGAGGGCAGGGGAUGUAAAGCACUUGUGGGGGUAUGCAGGGAGGGGUAAGAAGCUUGAAUUACUUUGCCCCCUUUUUCCUUCUUCUUUUGUAAGGGGAAUAAAGUCUAAACUUUUCUCUUUUUGUAUGAGAAGAAUAACUUAAAUGACUAGAUGUAUAUACAAAUAUAUAAAGACAUUAUAUAUAUAUAUAUAAAUACAUGUAAAAAUCGUCAUCAACCAUUACUCUUUUAAAGAGUGUCUAAAUUUAAUUGGUAUUGAUGCAGAGAUUUAUAUUGUAUAAGACGAAAUACUUUUAAAUGAAUGAAACGUUGUUUUUUCUUCUUUUUGGAUUACAACCCUAAUUGUCACUGCAGUUAAAAGCAUUUUCUCAUUCUCACUUGUCUGCUCAAAAUGUCUGUCCUGUCACUGGCAUGUAUUUUUCUCUUCUUUUUUUUCUUUUUUUCUCUUUUUUUAGGGUUUUCAUCUUAGUUAUCCCACCGCUGCCUAAUGUUGUGUUCUUUCAGUUCGGUUCAGACAACAUGUAUGAUUUGUGCAGUAAAAAAAGAGAAAAAUCUGUUCAUUUGUUUCUGA